UACCGGCAGUCGGGCUGGAGAGACGUUAAAAUGGCGCCCGCUAAGAUCGCCGUGACAAUCUUCACACUGAUUACUUUGGGAAUCGUCGCUGCUGACAAACCAUGUGCACCGCGCCAGAUAGAGAAAAGGUCCGUGGUGUGCGUGUGCAACACGACCUACUGCGACGAGAUCACACGCGAAGAGCCCGCGACCGGCAAAUAUGUCGCCUACACUUCCUCCGAGGCUGGAUCACGUUUCAAGAAACAUGAAGGAGAGUUUAAUUCAUACUACAAAUGGAAUGUAGCAGCUUCGCAUACUCUAGUGAUAGAUUCAUCAAAGAAGAGUCAGACCAUCGAGGGGUUCGGAGGCGCGGUUACGGACGCGGCCGGCUUACACUGGUCUAACUUCUCGUCUGCGCGUUUACAAAACUAUUUGAUCAAUUCAUAUUUCGGCAAGAAUGGCCUCGAAUACAACAUGCUGCGCGUACCCAUCGGCGGCAGCGACUUCUCGACGCACUUCUACGCGUACAACGAGCUGCCGUUGAACGACGGACAGCUCACCAACUACACGCUCGCGCCGGAGGACCUCAAUUAUAAGAUCCCGAUGAUCCAGCACAUCAAGGAAGUAGCAACAGCGGACAUACACAUCGUGGCCACCGUGUGGUCGCCGCCGAAAUGGAUGAAGACCAACAAGAAGCCCUCGGGCCCCGGUGUUAUCAAGAAAGAAUUUAUGCAAACUUACGCCGAUUACAUCGCCAAAUUCAUACGUGAAUAUAAGAAGCACGAUAUCGACGUUUGGGCAGUCACCACUACCAAUGAGCCUCAGAACGCGUUUUUACCAUUCACGAGAUUCCAAGAUUUGGGUUGGACACCUGGAAAAAUGGGCCAGUGGAUCAUCAACAACCUGGGGCCUACGAUAAAGAACUCCUCUGAUAUUAACCACGUGAAGAUUAUAACAGUAGAUGAUCAGAGGGUCACUAUUCCAAUAUGGUUUAAUGUGAUGGUAGAUAAGUAUCCAGAAGUAUUGAACUGGAUCGACGGUAUAGGUGUGCACUGGUAUACCGACGAGUUCACACCUGCUUUUAUACUCAAGGAAACCGUUAAGAAUCACCCAGAUAAGUUCAUCAUUGCCACUGAAGCUUGCGAAGGCUCUAUGCCUUGGGAGUUGGAAAAAGUAUCGCUCGGCGACUGGUCACGUGCCCAGGCCUACAUCCAUGACAUCUUGGAAGACCUCAACUACAACCUCGUCGGCUGGAUCGACUGGAACCUGUGCCUAAACAGACAAGGGGGACCCAACUGGGUCAAGAACUUCGUGGACUCCCCCAUCAUCGUGUUCCCCGAGAACAACGAGUUCGUGAAGCAGCCCAUGUUCUACGCCAUGGGGCACUUCUCCAAGUGGAUCCCGAGGGGUUCCGUCAGGCUGGACGUGGAGGAACACAAGGGUCUGUUGGAGAAGUCGGUUGAUCACGUCGCGUUCUUGACUCCGAGGAAUACUGUUGUUGUCGUUCUUUAUAAUACGGGCAAAGCACGCAACGUCAGCGUGCAGUUAGGAGAAGAACACACCGUUCUCGCUCUGGAGAAGGCUUCUGUCACCACACUAGAGUUCCCGGCUCCUUCUACCUCAUCGUAGGACUCCGUAGCGGAAACGUGAAAUUUUCACCACACCAAUGGGAGAAAAAUAUUAAUUAUACAACAUCACAGAUAAAAUCCAAGUGAACGUUAUUUAAUAUUUAUCACUCAAACACUUAAAAGCCAAUUCCAUUAGAAAACAACACAAAAAUUGCAUCUAAUUACUUUGGCACUCUUGUGAACAAAAUGAAAUGUUAAAUUUACUCUUUAAUUUGGUUCAGUUUCGUUAGUAAUUUUUAGUCGUAUAAAUAAGUACAUAAAAUAUAGUAAUAAUAUAAUAUGUUAGUACUUAGCAGUCGUCCUAUGUCACCGCCUCAAUUCGGGCAGGCUGAAAACCAGCGCUGAAACCGCGCAGUAAAGGCGGGGCUUCCAGCACAUUAGCUGAGACUGUCCUAUUGUCACGUAGAUAUGUAAUUUGAACUUUAUUAUACAUAAAUUGUCUAGAUUAAGUAUAGCAUAAGUGUGU